AUGGCGUCGAAUGUGGUGGUGAUAGACUCGUCUGCCAGACGCGCCACGAUCAAGACAACGCCCAGCAAAUACAUGAACGAAGUCCUGCAGGAAGCAUGCCGUAAACUGGGAUACAACGCAGACAACUUCGGCCUGAAGCACAAGAACAGAACAGUCGAUUUAUCACAAGCAUUCAGAUUGUCCGGCCUCGUGUCUGGCGCGAAGCUAGAAUUGGUUCAAUUGUCCAAGUCUACCGGCGUCGUGUCGGUGGCUCUACAGCUGCCUGAGACAGAGGCCCAGGCCGUGCCAACGCCGAACGGACGGCUCACAGACAAGUUCCCCAGCAACACCACGCUAUGGAUGCUCCUGAGGAAGUUCGAGGCAGGCAUCGCUGGCACACCGAUUUCUAUGACCCGGAACUUCACACAACGAAGUGUUCCAUCCGGCACGAGUGGUGCAGGGCGAUUGUUGUACGAACAGCCGGUCCUUCGCGUUAUGGACAGGGAGGUCUCAUCCUUCACAGAUCUUCAGAAGACUUUGGCUCAAUUCGGUCACAACUCGGGCAGUGUCCUUAUUCGAUUGACCUUCAGACCUACUCAGCAGCCCUUGGAGGAUGCGAUACAAGAGAUACAAGCAUACUUUGACUCAAUAGAGGAAGGUGAAGGCGAUGUGUCGGCAAGGCCCACCCCAGCAGCAGAAUCUACGCCUGCCACGGCCCAGGCGAAUGCCGGAGAUGGUGUACAGGACGAUCGGCCCCCAGAUACCACGAUGACUGGCACAGAAACAUCCGAGAUUCCUGCCACAACCGCAUCAGAAAGCACGGAUCCAGCUGAUCCACCACCUCCCAAUGACGCACAGCCAGAACCUUCCUUAACGACACGGCCCGUGUCAAUCUACAAACCUCCAACAGGCACAGUGCCUUCCUCCGCCUUAACUCAAGACAACGAAUCAGACUUCACACCCACAGUCGAACACGCCCAAGCACACCAAAAGAUGCUCAACGAAGCAGGCCGCAACCGGCGACUGAAAACCGACGCAGAACUAGCCGCGCAAGCAAAAGAAGAAGCCGAGAUCCUCGCCACCAUAAAAGAAGUCGAGAUCAAGAUCAGAUACCCCGAUCAGAGCUACUCUGUCUCCAAGUACGGCCAGGCCGACAUCGGCAGUACAGUCUACUCGACCGUUCGGGACGAGUACUUAGACCCGCAAUUUCGCAACGAGCCAUUCACCUUGAGGAUACCUGGCGCUGGAGCGGCGGGUGCGGGGAGGAAGAAUAUCAUGAUCAUACCGGACAACAAUAAGCGGCUGAUCCAAGAUCUAAAGUUGAGAGGGAGGGAGAUGCUGCAGUUUGCGUGGGACGAGAAUGCCGUGAGUGCAGAAGCGAGGGCGGCCAAGAGUGUGCUGAGGGCGGAGCUGCGUGCUACGGCGCAGGAUCUCAAGGCUCCGGAGCAGCCGAAGGGUGAUGUGCCGGAGGAGAAGGGAAUCAAGGUCAAUAUCGGAAAGGACGAUAAAGACGACGAAGCCGAGAGCAGUGGUACCGGGCCAAAGAAGAUGCCCAAGUGGCUGAAGUUUGGGAAGAAGUAG